AUGACCUAUACCCUCGAAGUCGAAACCAAUGAAGAAAAAUCUGAGCUGUUGAUCCCAGAAUUACCCGAUGAGAUCACUGAACUGUGUUUGUAUCGUAUUCCGUACCCGUACCAAUCCCAAGUUUGUUCAGUGUCUUCUUCAUGGAACAAAGCCAUUUCUCACCCUUCAUUUCUCUAUACCAAGAAUCAAUUGUCGCUUUCUCUACCUUACUUGUUUGUUUUUGCUUUCCACAAAUCAACGGCUGAGGUUCAAUGGCAAGCGAUGGACGUUAAAUCGGGCCGUUGGUUUGUACUACCUCCAAUGCCAUGCCCCAAGGCUGUGUGCCCACCUAGCUUUGUGUGCGCCUCAAUCCCACAUGAAGGGAAGCUAUAUGUCAUGGGUGGUAUGCGAUCAGACACAGGGUAUACCAUGGGGACCAUGAUCACGUACUGUACAUCGACAAAUCAAUGGUUGGUACCCUCUCCGAUGCGGACCCCACGAGCAUUUUUUAGCGUAGGUAAUAUCAAUGGUAAGAUCAUUGUCGUUGGAGGGAAUGAGAUUGACCUCGACGUUGAAUUGUAUGACCCUGAACAUGACAAGUGGGUGGAGGGUGCUAAAAUGCACUCUAAGUUAGCCAAAUAUGACGCGGUGGUUGUGGGGAGAAAGUUGUACAUUACCAAGGGGUGGACAUGGCCGUUCGUGUUUUCGCCACGAGGUGAUAGGAUAUUUGUGAUAUCUAAGCAUGGUGACUGCAGGAUGAAGGUGUACCAUCCUGAUGAGGACACAUGGGAAUUCGUCGGUGGAGAAAGGUUCCCGUGUGAUGCACUCAUGAGGCCGUUUGCUGUGAGUGCAGUGGAGGGAAGGAUAUAUGUGGUGUCUAGUGGAUUGAAUGUGGCAAUUGGAAGGGUGUUUGAAGAGCAAAUGGGGAAGUUUUGGGUGGAUUGGGAGGUUGUGGAAGCUCCAGAAGCUUUUCAUGAAUUUUCACCCUCUAACUGUCUACUUCUUUAUGCCUGA